AUGGAUAUUCUCUACCAGUUGGCGUCGUCGCAGUAUUAUAUGAGGUGCGCUGCAGUCACCGCCUGGGCCACAGUUGCAAGUACAACCCUCUUUUUCUGUGACUAUCUGUCGACGUUGGCAGAAGAAAUCUCGCUAAUAUGGCCGGGUCUGUUUGAAGGGCUCAGGUGUGGCAAGGUUCUGUUCCUCGUUUGCCGCUACACCGCCUUCAUUGAUAUGCCCGUCGCCACUGCUGGUCAUCUUCUUUUUGGGUAUUCGCCUCCCAUCGCUCUGUUCAGUUCUUCAGUCUCGUUCUUUGGCGUCCUUGCAUCGGAAGGAAUUGUUAUUCUGACCCUCUAUGCCCUCAUGGGUGCGAAGAAGAAGCACGCGACUCUUCUUUUGACACUAUUUACACCUCUAGCAAUUGGCGUCUUGGCAUUUGUAGUACUCGACUUCACAGGUUGGGAAGCCUUGACUAUCGACGAGACUAUGGGUGUCUCUCCCGGCACAGGCCCACGCUCUGUUAGCAUCAGAGGGAUGGAUGUCUGCUUUUGGAUCCUUCUCUUGGGCCAAUCUCUGGUCGUGGUCAUCGCAUUCUCCUCGGGGAUCCGCAGUUAUCGCCGUACCAAGUGCCCACUACUGGUUACCUUGUACAAGGAUGGGACGGUUUACUACGUUGUGUUGUUGGCGUUCAGCGCACUGAACGUGAUGGCUCCCUACAUCGUUUCGCCGUACUACACCAAUGUCUUCACACCACUUCAGAGGGUAGCACAUGCCAUCUUGGCCAAUCGCCUUAUCUUCAACGCGCGACGGUACAAAGAAGGACUGAGUAGUGGUGGGAUGGCAGGGUCGACUGGCUGGGAAUUCAAUGUCGAGUCGCGAUCUGAUCCUGUUGGGCGUGGUGGGGAAGGAGAUGAGGUACUUGAGUACUAUGCUUCCUCUGCAUGA